ACUGCCUUUCUUCUGCUAUCUCCUGGGCAAGUGCAUCAAACAGGGCUUGACUGGGAGAGGAUUUUUUCAUCUGGCAAAGAUCUCGUUGACUGUACUGGUGACUUUUGCCCUCUGCUGGAUGCCCUUUUUGUCUGACCCCAAACAACCUCUGCAAGUUCUUCAUCGCCUUUUUCCCGUUGGUCGGGGUUUGUUUGAGGAUAAAGUGGCUAACACAUGGUGCAGCUUGAAUGUGCUGAUAAAGAUCAAGACCCUGCUGUCCAGAGAGACUCAGCUGUUCCUCAGUUUUGCUCUUACUCUGUUGUUCAUCCUGCCUUCAUCUUUAAAAUUGUUGUCCAAACCCAAUCUAUGGCAGUUUAAGCUCACCUUGGUAAACUCCUCCCUGGCUUUUUUCCUCUUCUCCUUUCAAGUCCAUGAGAAGUCUAUCCUUCUAGCAGCCUUGCCAGUUUGCCUUGUCAUCAACGAAAUACCUCUGAUUGCCAUUUGGUUUCUACUAACGUCAACUUUCAGGGAACUUGUGCUGCGUCCUCUACUGGACACUAUGGGGACUGCCGCCAGCAGGACCAGUGUCUGA